GUAGGGAGGAAAUUCUGCCAUAGAUUCCUUAUAUCAUGGCUUCCAAAACAAGAGCCUCAGUUACCCUUUUCCUCUCAUUGAAUCUCCUUUUCUUUGUCAUAGUCAGUGGAACUGAUUGUGGCUUUUGUCAUCAUAAUCCUCCUAGCACCGGUAAUGGUAGUGGCAAUGGUGGUAACACUGGUGGCUCGGGCAAUGGUGGCGGCUCCAGCAACGGAGGUGCUUCGGGCAAUGGCGGCGGAGGUGGCAAUGGACAAGGCAGGUGCCCGAGAGAUGCUCUGAAGUUGGGGGUAUGUGCAAAUUUACUUGGCGGACUGGUGGGAGUGAUAGUGGGUUCUCCACCAACUUUGCCGUGCUGCAGCUUGAUCGCGGGGCUGGCGGAUUUAGAGGCGGCAGUUUGCUUGUGCACAGCUGUAAGGGCAAACGUGCUGGGAAUAAAUCUGAAUGUGCCACUCUCUCUUAGCCUUGUUCUCAACAACUGCGGUAGGAAUCCUCCUACUGGCUUCACUUGCUAAGCCGAAGUACCCGAUUAAUUUUAUUAAUCCUCAUUCGGCUUUUGUUAUGUUAGUCAUUUUGGCGUUUGCAUGAAUUUUUGUUUAUGAUCACUUUGUCAAUUGUGUUAUGUUACCAGUUCUAAAUAAGCGAACUUGCAAUAUAAAAUAGCAGGAUCGUAAAGCACAAUUGAUUUUAUAUAUGUAUUUUGGAGGUUUAUUAAUAUAUGUACUAUCAAUUUCUGUUUCA